CAAGGCGCAGGAGGGACAAACAGCGCUGCCGGGUUUACCGUAGAGAAGACACGACCGCAAAAUAGACACAGACACUCUCUCUCUAUCAGUCUGGUUCGCCUUUGCCUCCCACGCAAAGAUCAUGACGAUGUCGAGGAGGAACAUAAGGAUGUUGGGAGAGUACCUUUACAGGAAGAAUCUGGAAGGAAAAGAGCGUUUGCUUUAUGAGAAGAAACGCAAAAUCAAAGAUGCUCUUGAAGAGGGAAAGCCAAUCCCAACUGAACUCAGGAACGAAGAAGCAGCUCUUCGUCAACAGAUCGACCAAGAUGAUGAACACACUGCUGCGCCUAUGCCUACUAUUGACUGUGAAUAUGCUCAUGCUGCCGAAAAGGAUCCCAAAAUUUUGAUUACCACUUCGCUCAACCCAAGUGAUCCUCUCACUCGGUUUGCAAAGGAAUUGAAGAUCGUAUUCCCUAAUGCAAUACGAAUGAAUCGCGGCAGUCAGGGAAUACCGGAAAUUAUUGAAACUUGCCGUAUUCAUGAUUUCACGGAUGUUGUUGUAGUUCACGAGUUUAGAGGAGUGCCUGAUGGAAUUAUCAUCAGCCAUUUACCUUUCGGUCCAACAGCCCACUUUAGAUUACUCAACGUGGUAACAAGACAUGAUAUUAAGGACAAAAAGGCUAUGGGAACAAUGCCUCAGGCUUACCCUCAUUUGAUAUUUAACAACUUCUCUACUAAGCUUGGUGAAAGAACUGUAAGUAUUCUAAAGCAUCUGUUUCCAGUUCCAAAGCUUGGCACGGAACGUAUUAUCGCAUUUGAUAAUAAUUCGGAUUUUAUCUCAUUCAGGCACUAUACCUAUAAGAAAUGUGGAGGUCCCAAACCAGUUGAUCUGAAAGAGAUUGGCCCUCAAUUUGAACUCCAGCUCCAUAAGAUUGAGCUAGGAACUUUGGAUCAAGAUGGAGCUCAAACUGAAUGGGUCAUGAGACCAUACAUGAACACCUCCAAAAAAAGAAAGCUUCUUGGGCAGUGACAGUCUGUUCCAUUCUUCUCAUGUUUUGCUGGUAAAGAGAGCAGCAAUGUGGUACCUGCAAGAGGUAAAAUAUGGAAUGCUUUUGUGGGUGAGGAGGGAGUACUAAGGAUGCUUCUAUAUAUGGGUUACUCUUAAGAGGGUAUCAGUUUGCUCUUAGUUUCAGUUUGAGAGUAAUUUUUUUUAAGAAUUAUAAUUGGAUCACUUUACACUAUGGUCGGAAUCUCGAAAAUAUGAACACAGCUGAUUGAGCAAAGAUGAUUAAUCUAAUCUUGAGUUGGAGUUUGCAUAAUAGUGAUAACAUAUUGCUAUAAAAUCUUUAGACAAAAGGUUACACAUUCAUGCUCUCUAUAACCCAAUGAGUAGCACAUUGUUCAAUAAGGCAAAUUGUUAUUA